UGCGUUUGAGUUGAUCAUUGUGUGUUUCAUCAUCGCGAUGAGUAUUUAAUGAGUCGUAUUUGCAAAAAAAAAACAAAGCGUUUUAAAAUCAUAAUUUUUUUUAAUAUUUUUUGUUUUUGGUUUUUUAUAUUUCAAUGAAAAAAAUGGACAACUUUUCCGAUCCAAUCGGUUAUUUACAACAAUUAUGCUCGAAAAUUGGUUGGCUUUUGCCUGUCUAUAAAGAUUUGGGACAAUCGAAAUCAUCAUCAUCAUCGGGUGAGAAAUUAGUUUUCCGUACUGAUUGUACAUUGAAUGAUAUUUUUGUCAUUGGUGAAUCGAAUGCAAAAAAAGAUUCGAAAAAAAAUGCUGCCACUAAAAUGAUUAAAGCAUUGAAUGAUCAUUAUCGUUCAACAAUAACUGUUUAUAAUCUUCAAUCUGGUAUUCCUGAGUCGAAAAUUCGUUUGCUUCUUUCCGAUAUUCAUUCGAUCAAAACAAUUAAAAUGUUAUACGAUAUGAAUAGUAAAGGAAUGGCAAAAGCUGAAGUGGUUGUCGAUAAAAUAACCGACAUGCUUGUUGCUAUGAAACUGUACAAUGGUUAUUCUUUUCAAAAUCGUAAACUUUCUGUCACUUGUCAGGCUGAAUUGAUCAAAAAACCGGUAAUUGAGAAAAAAAUUGCUGUCAAUAAGCAAAGCAAACGUAAACGUAAAUCAAAACGUAAUCGUAUUAAUCGUAAAUUUGCCACUUUGAAUGAAGAAAAACCAAAACAACAGCCAAAACAACAAUCAAACAUUUCACUUGAUUCCGAUGAUGAUGAUUAUGAUAAUAGUGGUGAAAAUGAAGAUGAUAAAAUCUCGAAGAAAGAUGUCCAAAAUGACACUGAUGAUGAAGAUGACAAUGUUUUUAUUGUUACCGAUGAUUUUAUUCAUCCUAACAUCAAAUCUGAUCGUAAACCAAACGUUGUUCCUUUGGAAUCUAAAAAACUAGAUUUUGAUUCAAUUCGUCCUAACAUCAAGUCUGAUCCUAAACCUAAUGUUGUUCCUUUGGAUUCCAAAAAACUGGAUUUUGAUUCAAUUCGUCCCAACAUUAAAUCGGAACCUAAACCUAAUGUUGUUCCUUUGGAUUCCAAAAAAUCUGAUUUCGAUUCAAUUCGUCCUAAUAUCAAGUCUGAUCGUAAACAUAUUGCUCCUUUUGAUUUCAAAAAAUUUAUUGCUGCUUUUAUUCGUCCUAACAUUAAGUUGGAUCAUAAACCUACUGUUGUUCCUUUUGAAUCCAAAGAAUUUGAUUUUGAUUCACUGCUCCUUAAGUUCAAGUCUGAUCGUGAAUCUAAUGUUGUUCCUUUUGAAUCCAAAAAAUUUGAUUUUGAUUCAUUUCGCCCUAACAUCGAUUCUGAUUGUAAACCUAUUGCUCCUUUGGAUUUCAAAAAACUUGAUUUUAAUUCUGGAAAUGAAUCAAGUAUUGAACAAACUAAUCCUUCAGAUUCUGAAGUUAAUGAAUAUCAUCAUACUGAAGAUCAAUCAAACAAUUCAACAAGUGUUUUGUUAGCCAAUUCAAUAAAAAAUAGUUCGAAAUUUCAUUGUGCCGGAAUGAUUGAUGGUGAUAAUUUGGAUGAUUCUGAUAUAAUUAGCUAUGAAACAAUUGUUGAUGACGAUCAUGUUAUUGAUCAAAGUUCGAAAAAAAAUCCAAAUGAUUUUCCAGCACUUGAUAAUAAUGGACAAAAUAAAGCUAAAGAAACAGUUAUUGAUGAAUCAAUUGCUCAUUACUAUCAACCUGUUACCGAAGAAGAAAUGAAACAAUUACAAAAUGGUUCUUGUACUACUUAUAUUGAUGAACUGUAUGCAAAUUUUAUGAAAACAACAAUGCAACCUAGACAAACUUUUGCAACAACAUCAUUAUGUGAUGGAUUAUUCACCAAAUGAACGAUUUAUUUUUUAUAUUUUUCAAUUUUUUUGUUACCAUUUCUUUUUCGUUUUCUUUUUUUUUUGUUUGAAAAAAAAUAAUCAGAUUUAUCGAGGAGGGUUGAAAAGAAAAAACUUAUCUAAUCAUG